AUGGUUGUAGCUAUUUUAAAGCUACAACCACCCAGACUUAAUGCUGGAGAAGACACUCCUAGAUGGAUUAAAUCCUCUGAUAGAGAGUUCUCCACAUCCAGUGCUUAUGAUUUAAUUAUUGAUCAUCAUAAUCAAGAAGGGGAUUGGGGAUGGAUUUGGAAGCUUAAGUUUCCUCAGAAACUUAAGAGCUUCUUGUGGCUUGUUUUUCAUGAAAAAAUUCCCACUAACAAAAUGAGAAAUCUGAGGGGUCUUAUUUCUGACCCCAACUGCCCCUACUGUGCUAACGUGGAGGAUAUUGAACAUUUGCUUUGGUUUUGUCCUCAAGCUAUCCAGAUAUGGUGCCGUGUUUAUAGUAAGGAAUGGACUCGCAGGCAUGGAGGAGGUGGCGGUUUUGGUGGAUUAUUUGGGGAUGAAAUAGGAGCAUGGAUUAGUAGAUACUAUGGAAGGCUUGAAAUAUACGUCUGUCUUGAACCGGAACUUUGGGCAGUCUACAAGGGGCGGACUAUCAUACUCCAACGAGGUUUCAAUCAAGUGAUAAUAGAAAUGGAUGCGAAGCAAGUGACGAAACUGUUGAGUGAUGAUCUGGGAGAAAGAUGUCCUUUUCGGGGCAUUGUGGAAGAUGCACGUAUUAUUAUGAGAGGAUGUGAUUGCUCCAUCCUGCACAUUCGAAGGGAAGCUAACAUUUGUGCUGAUGUAAUGGCCAAAUUAGGCGAAUAUCAACCGGCAGAUCUUCUUAUCGUAAAUGAACCACCUGAAGAACUCCGCACCUUAUUUGUUGCGGACAUUGUGCAUCUCUCUAAGGAGAGUGAUAGGAUGUAG